AUGAGCGUAAAUGAAAAGAAUCAGAUGAACGAACAGGUGUCCAAUGUAAUAACAAGCUUUUUAAAGCAGCGAAAAUACACGGAGAGUGAAAGUUCUAUGAAGGACUUCUCAGUGGAACACAAAAUGGAGGACUUGGCUUGCAAGAGGACGGUUUGUAACGAGAGUGGCAUUCCUAAUGUAUUCUCAUUUGCAAUCAACAGUUCAGACCCAGCUAUGGUGAAUGAACAAUUCUCCAGUCUGAAAUCGUUCAUAACGGGUACAAACCCGGCUUACAGAGUGGAACUUUCCAAAUUUUUGUUCCCGAUGUUUGCCAACAUCUAUUUGGAUCUUGUUGCGAAGGGACAAUCGAUUCCUGCUCAAGAACUUUUCACAAAGCACAGUGGCGACUUUCCGAUCGAGCACAAAGAAGAAAUCCAACAUUUACAAGCGAUAACGGACUUAGAACGUUUAAAAUCCAGCGAUACAGCGUCCAAUUUUAGACGGAGUAAAUACGUCGUCAAACUAAGUAACAAAGUAUUUACUUAUUUCGUCCAAUUUCUGAGAAGUGGCGAUCACGUGCUAUUACUUCAUCUGUUGAACAAACACUUUAGCAUUGAGAUAUCGCACAGUAAACCAGGACAGAAGCAAACCAGCGAUGAAAUGGAAACGGAUGAAACAGAGGCACCAGUGUCAAGUUACAGGGCCACAAGAGGCGGUAAACAAGCGAAAUCUAGCUCAGAAAAAGAAAACGAGAGCCUGGUAGCUUUAAAAGAAAGCAUCGGCCAUAUCAGAAAUGGACCUGCUUGUCUACCCCCAGUUUGUUUCCACUCUUUUGUGAAUGCUUACCAAGGGUAAGAAUUACAUGUAAAAAGUGAAUCAAUGACUCUCCCCUGGGCAGCAACCCUGCAGAUUUUUCCUAAGGGGGAAACCCUGGGGAUUCUCCCCCUAGGGGGACACCCCAGGGAUUCUCCAGUUUCUCUAGCAAUUUAAAGUUGCUGCUACUUAUAUUCAAGAUUUUAGCCUGUAAGUCCCCUCUCCCCUUUCCUGACUCCUCCCUUCGAAGCAAAAUGAAAGUUGUGCAGUUCUAGUGUUGCAUAACUGUAGUGAGGAUAGUGAUGAUAAAAGUGAUGAUCAUGAGCAGGGGUGACUCAUCAAAAACCACAUAUCUGACAAAUUUCAUUCCCUGAUGAUCAAGGAUUUUUAUGUGUUUGUUUUCCACUUGCUUCAGCCUUUUCAUUCCCAUCUCCACAAAUCAACAAAUCUUGCAUUCUGUCAUACAUUUCUUAUGAUGUUAGAUAUAAAAUUUUGUGCUGAAUCAGGCAAUUUCCCUAUCAAUAAUAUUUUUGCUAAAUUCCCACCUCAAACUAGCCUAAUGUUGUGGUGAAAUUGCAAGGAGAAAUGAUUUUUUGGUCUCUCCUAGCAGUGAAAGGAUUUAACAAGUGUUGAUAGUAUAAUAAUAACUAUCUCAAAUAUACCAUAAUUUGAUUUCAAAUAUUAUAAUUUUUCAUGAAAAAAAAGUGUGCAAAAUAUCUUUUUGAAUUUUGUUUUUCCUUAUGCUUUUUUUUUUGUUCCAAAGAUUAAGCUCUGCUGCUAUUUCUAAAGAUGCUGGUCUUAUUUGUGGUGGCUUUGAAGAUUCCUCAAUUCUUCUGUGGAGUUUGACACCAAAGAAACUUGUGCGAUCAAAGAGUAAACCAGAAAUUUCUAAAGUACAACUAGCACCAGGUAUGAAUGGGUGUCUGUAAUCUAACAGCACAACACGCUUUUUCGAACUAAUUUGAAUUUUGUAAUUUGUAGGCAGUUUUGGCAUCAUCUGUUGGAGAUGCUUUGGGUAGCAGGUUGAAUGCGACACCAAUAAGUCUGCAUUUGAGCCCUUUUCCUGUGACUCCGUGUUUUGUGUUUGUGUUAAAUGUCUCAGUCUCACAAAAAAUCUCACCGAUGAGAGUGUGCAAAUCAGUCAAUUGUUAAGGAAACUUCACAAAGUGCAGGAGUUUACCCCCAAGGGAGGAACACCUCUAACCCUUUACAUGCUAUCUUCAGGAUGCAUAUUCUCCAUACUGUUCUUUAUACAUUUCCCAUGUUAGGUGCAAGGAGAAUUUGUCUAACAAUCAAAAGUAUCUUGAUUUUUCAAUCAUUUCUUUCAUUCUCAUGACCUUAAUGUUUGAUUCAGGGUAGAUACUGUUGGUAGAAACUAGAUUCUUGUCACUCUCUUAUCUGUUGAUGAAGCGCAACAGUGUCUGUAGAAUCAAUCCAUUUUUUAUAUAUAAUUUUGCUUUGUACGUCUAGAUUUUCUUCCAUGCACACCAAAACUGGAAACUGUGUCCUGUGAGAGUGUUUCUCUACAUGGUCACAGUGGCCCGGUGUAUGCCACACAGUUCUCACCAGACAGUUCUGUAUUAUUGUCAGCAUCAGAGGAUACAACUGGUGAGUUUAAAACUAACAUAACAGACUUUUAUUUUUGGGUGAUUAUGCUAAGGUGAAAUUGUCAGAUCACAAAGCCAACAUAUCUGACGAAAUCAGCUAAAAGACAUCUCCUUUGAAACGAACACGCUAAUACAGUGAUUGUCUGAUGAUAAUAUCAAGAAACGAAAGUUUCUAUAAAACGAUUAAAUUAACUAUGUAGAUUUAUAAAUACUACGACUGAAAAAGAAACAGGUCAAGAAAGAGAAAAUCCUCCUAUUGUAUUAAUGUAAUUCAGUUUUAAAAUACUUCAAACAGUCAAUUACGGGAUUUUUAUUAAACAAGGUUAUUUACAGAACGGAUUCCCUCUUGGCAAAAACAGAGACGAAGAAUAUUUAACAAAAAGUGUAGAACAGUUUUCCUCGUUCCUUUUUGAAGAGGUACAUUUUCAGCUUGCAGAAACUGGAUUGUAAGCGGUCAAACAGGAAAAUUGUUCAGCACGCGCCGCACGUGCACUCUGUGGAGAUCUCGUGCAUUAUGUAAUACUGAUCGGACAAGCAACUCUUAGCGGGACUUCUAAAAACUCCCCAGGGAAGAAAACUUUGCCCACAGAUAUCAAAGAGUGAGGGUAUUAGGAUAAAGCUGAUGUGUCUUAUCUUUAGCUUUCGUAAAUGUCCUUUCGCCUAUGGAUAAACUGAACUCGUCAAAAUAAGGCAUUGAUUCUUAAAAAAUGUCCUCAGCGGCUCUAAAAUUCACCCCUUGCUUCGUCGAUAUCAAGGUCUUCAUAUGAGUGAUGUUUUGAUUUCGGUAUUUUGUGGAUAUUUUUUUUUUCAUAAAUUCACCUGUCCGCACUUUGAAAGCGGGCCUUGACGGUGAAGUUGGGUAUUGCGAAGUAAACCUGGUUACGGCCUAUUUUACUUUUAAAUACUUCCUUCAGAUGGUGAGUUUCCUAUUUACGCCGGCACCUUCCUUUUUUUUGUCACUACGGAAAAUAAAAUCGAUUGGACGUUGUUCACCUUGGAUGCAACUGGUUUGACAGUUUUUGUUUGCUUUUUUUUUUUUUUUUUUUUUUUUCGGUCAAUGUCAGUGUUACUUUAGGUUUCGACACUAUCCAGGAGUGACAAAAAAAAUUGUUUCUACUUUUCGUUACGCAUACCUCGAUAUUGAUUGUUUUUAACGAUAAAUUUUGCCUUCAUUGUUUAAAGGUUAUUUCUCUUUUAAACAAUUCUCAUAGGUUUUUGCCAAGUUUUAAGGUUAGACGAAACUGAGAAACUCCACGCAAAGAGGAUGUUUUAUUCAAUAGUUUAUCGUGAUUUUACGUUAAGAAAGACCUUCGCGUUAUUUUUUUGUUGUUUACUAUGUCAUCGUGGUUUCAUUCGGUUGAAUUCUCUCCUCAUUCAUUACAGUUAAAAUUCUGCUUUCAGUUUUUUGCUAAGAUUCUGGCCGUGCGCCAAAAAUGUUCGCGGAAAAUAUCAUUGUCAAAAAUAGCUUUCAACUGGAUUCUUCGAACAGUUGAUGUCUCAGAAUGCUCCCAGACCUCUUAGAAUUUAUCAUGCCUCUUGGUUGGAACUGAAAGAUUAUUUUAACUCAAAACCUCUUGGAAUCGUGUUUUUAUUCCCUUUUCAAGGCGAUUAAUGAAAAAAUUUCCGUUCCCGCCACUUGGAUCCGUUUACACUGAGAAAACUUGACCACUGCGAGAAAGUCAAAGUUCAGGAGUUUCGCUGAUCUUCUUGCGUAAAAUUGUGCCAAAGAACGCGGACUGGGUUUUUUAGCCGAUCUUAAGGGUUUCCGUAGUCGACGGAGGUUUUUUUGUUUGAUUUAACGCAGUUCGCUCAUAUUCCUAGUUCUGGCCUUAUCGAAUGGUUAUUUAAUACCGGCUUUUAUUUUUUUUUACUUAUAACAUAGAUGUUUAUAUAAACAAAAAAAGGUUUUCACAAUGUUUUCUAUUUAAGGUGCUUAAUUAAUGCUGAUAAAGUAAACAAUAACUCCACGUCAGUUUCGCGUUCGUUAGCCUCGAUUUUCAAAAGGCUGAGCUUUUAAUUUCUCAGACGGAGUUUUGUUUUCCUUGGAGUUUCAAGGAGUGCAAACUCUCGACUUUGAACUUUGUCCAUGAAUUUAUUCCUUUUCCUUAGGAAAAAUUAUAUGCAAAUACUUUAUCAUCAUUAUCAUUCAUACUCUUAAACUGACAGAUCCCAUACGAAAGGAGUUUAAAAAUUUCAAAGCAGGCAAUUAUCUCGCCACGUUAUAAUUUAUGGGUUUAAUUAAUUCAGAAACUUUUACAGUUACUCGUCCUGUAUUUUCUUAGCAGAAAGUGAAAGAGACCUUGUCCCGAAGGGUAAAUUCGGAGGAACUUUUUUUUUCUGCUUAAGUACUGACUUUAUUUCAGGCUAUAGGCGGCAAUCAUACGCGUUCCAGACCUAGUUUCCACUCUCCCUGCUCGUUUUUAAAUGACUUCUUCAAACGCUGCGCAAGAUUUUAGAACUGCCUCUCUCUGGUUUUGAAGAGGUAAAUCGCUAAUUUAUUUUCAUACUGGCUUCCUCUCAUGAAUGCCUUUACGUUCUCUUUUAAAAUCCCCACAUCCAAUUCUAUGCUAAAUUUAAAUGAUCAAUUCCCGAUUUCCGACCAGAACCAAAACAGACCAAAUAAUUAACCCCUUGUUUCAAGACUAUAAGUUUGUCUUUUAAUCGCACUUUUGUUCGGGCAAAAGUUUGAUGUUCUUUUGCUAUAAUACUGAGCUUUGCUUAGUGAAAAUUCGCAGAUGUAGGUGUAUGUUAAAAGCUGUUGCGAGUUUCGCUUUAGUGAGCUAAUUUCCAGAGAAAUACACGUAAUUCUUAUUUCACGGCGCGAACAAAAGCAUCCGUUCCCAGUGCGAAGGAGAACUAAAAUAGUGUCCACUCUCAUCAUCUCUUGUGAUCAAGUGAAGCGAACGUACUUAAGAAUCGACGCGAUGUCUGACGUCGAACGAGCCAUUAUUAUCAUGGACUCUCCUCCAAACAAUCUAGGAUCGAUCCAUUUGGAAAAGAAUAUGCAAAUCGUCGAGGGCACUUGAUAUGCGUGUAUGGUUUUGGUCGAUCUCGCAGUUCAUGUUAUUUUUAACGCUAAAAAAAAUUAUCAUAUUUUGGUGGAUGCAGACUAAGCAUCGACAGACUCUCUUGGAAAUCUUACCUUUUAUCCGCCUAUUUUAACGCCUAUCUCCUUUGCGACUAGCCUCAAUGUUUAUAGUUAUAAUUAUAAGUGUUUCUUCCGUCUGCAGCUUUUAUAUUUUCACCUGCGACCUUUUUGAGUCAUGCGUUGGUCCCGGGAGAAGCACAGAUUUCCCAAUCUUUGGAGCAGAAAAUCCUGUUGCAUAAUAAUUUAAACUAUAUUGCACGCGCCGGCAACAGGAGUAUAUUAUAUAAGCCCACGCAAAAUGUGGUAAGAGUUAUUUAUCGGUUUAAUAGAUGAUCCUUUCAAGUGUUCCAGAAAGUUACUUAAACGUGUAGUCGCUCGGUUUUUCCCUUCUCAUUACAAAAUGCAACCAGUUAGAAAAAGAUUUGUUACUUAAUUGACUCAAUUAUUUUGCUUAUCGAACGUGUAGUUUAGAAGUGUGAAGAUUUGUACCUCUACGCCGGGCAUUCCUCUAAGUUACAACGCUAAGUCCUUUUCCCCACCCACCCAUCCCCUGGUCUUAUGCGUAUGUGUAUCUUCAAGUUUAAACUCAUACGUAGCAUAACUUCCAGAGUGGCUUUAAUCUAAGAGAUUCUCGUGGAUAGCUAUGGCUAAUCCAUCUGUUAAAAUGCUAUUUAUCUAUUAUAGUUUGACGCAAUUGCAUUAAGGUGAUUCCAGUGAGUGUGCCAGUCGUUUUGCACUGAAGACCGUAGAUCAAAAGAAGUUUGUUUUGAUUCAGCAAAUGUCUUUCAGUAAGCAGAAAUUGUUUAAAAAAAUGCAUGAAAAUUGUUUACCUCGCAUAACACCUUUUUUAUCGCGUGGAAACCAUUUUUGUUAUUAUGCAAUCGUUGUACCACCCUAAAGGUUGGGAGACCUGUGGAUAACGUAUGAUGUUUCCUCUGAUCGAUUACCUCGACUGAAGAAUUAGAAUUUGAUAGUAGAUUGUGCCAAAGGUAAUGGUAACUCAGAAAGGGAAGGUUAUUGUCUUUUAGCAGCGCAAAUUUCUAAGGUGAUGUGACGCUCUGUCUUUGAGUAAUUGCUCUCCAAACUGAAAAAAGAUUCAUAUUGACAAGGAGUUGACGGGGAAAUAGCUAAGAAAUAUAUCUUUUCAUGGCGAAAAAAAAAAAUUUCGUAGCGAAUAAUUGACGAGGAGCGAUGAGUUUGAGCGCUGGUUUAAAAGGCAAACGAGGUCCUACAUGAACUCUUCUCUAAUUGAUUUUGCCCGCAACGGAAUUAACGAAUCCUAUAUCACCUGAACAGAAUCUGUCUAUUUGCUUGUCUCUUGUGAUUUCCACGUGUUCAGCUUAAUCGUACGUAGAAAUCUUCCACAUACCUUGAAUUCUUUCCUUCAUAUCUGGGUGAGUUGCUAGCCAAGUGCAACGAACAGGAAUGAUAUUUUAGUUCAUGAUAAGAAGUUUGUCGAGGGGAAUUUUUGGUUUUUCUAGUGGUAGAUUGAGCCUUUGAAUGAGACCUUGCUAUAUCUUCGUUUACAUCUGAGGGUCCUUUGGAAAACCACAACGUCUGUGGCAAUCGGACAAGGCUGGAAACAAAGGCGUAGUGCGAAGAUCGAUGGAUCAGUAUGUCUAUUUUACAUUUUCCAAUGUUUACCUUGCCGUCAUCUUUACUAAAACAUCACAAAAUUACACAAUUGUACGCAUAUUUUAUUGAAAAUCAUUUAAUUGUCAUUAUAUUUGUAUAUUCUGCCGAUAACAAUUUCUAAACCACUAGGAACUCCAUCACUGCACAUGGCACGCUUUUGACAUAAAUGAUCCUUUUCAACUAGAAGGGCGUUUGUCGCAUUAAAACUUGGUGGUUAAAUUAUCUCACCAUUGAGUUUUCUGCAGCUCUUGUAGUAGAAUAUCCACCAGAAAAAUCUGAACUGUUUGGGCCUUCAAGUCCUCGUGAAGGACUUAGAAUUCUUCCCACGCUAAUCACAAAAUUUUUAAAAUUUACUCUUUAUUGGACCAAUACUAGGAAAUUGCAAGUGUCCUAUGUAGGACAGCAUAAAAAUAUUUUUCGUUAGGUAAUGCCCUUGAGGUCACUUUCGUUACUGCAUCUUAAAAGUCUUAUGUUACAUCGAGAAAGGAAAGACAAUUGGAUGGGCGAGACUUGGUCAACACUUUACUGUUUGGUGAAUGCGAUGAAAAUGGAUCAUUCAUAAUGACCUCACAUCAUUUGAUCCUUCGCCUCAAAUCGAAAAAGUAUAAUCGUUGAUAUUUCCACAACUGAAAACGUGGUUAGAGCGUCCAUCGUUGUGGACAAAAUUCUUGCUUCUCAGAUAAGUGAAUGAUAUGUGAAUUCAUUUCUCUAUUCUGUAACGAUUUAAUCAUUUUUGGAAAUCAAAUAAAUUAUUGAAUCCCCUUUUCAGCCCUUUUAAUAUCUGCGAGAGAAGACGUAGACUGGAAAGGUUGUGUACAAUCCUCAAAUGAAUUUUCAGUUUUAAACAUUGAAAUACUUUGGAGCAAAUUUCUUUACAAUAAGGAACCCAGCCAACAAACCGAAGGAGUGCCACAUGAUGCAACAUUCAUAAAUGUUGUGCAAGAAUUUGAACAUUUUUUCAAAUUCAAAUUGAUAUAACGCAUUCAUCAUGUUGCAAGUAGUCUGGUAGAAGGAUUAUGCAUGCAAGAGAGUGUUUCUAAUUAUGAAUUAUCGUCAAAGGGGAAAUAGGACGAGAAUUGCAAAAGAACCCCCCCCCAUUAGAGUUCGAGGCUACGACUAAAGCCAGCCAAACUGACGCUUUUGAUCGCUUUUCACAACUGGCGUUUUCGCAUUUUAUAUACAUCCUUUGACGCGACUUCAAAGAAUUGAUUGCCAAACCACAAUAGAUAUCCCUUAAUAAGUAGCUCAGAUAUGUAAUUACCAACGAUACGCAGCAAUAUUAACUCUUUUUUCCUCAAGAUCAUUCAGCUGUUUUGGACAUCACAUGCUUUAGCCAUGAGCUUAUACAUCACGCCUGUAAAACGGACAUUCCGUGAAGUUUUACAAUUGAUGAAAACUUGUUUCAUUGUGAGAAUUAUGGACUUUAUUCAAUUUUCGAAAAGAAUAAUUUGAUUUAAACAGUUCAGUUGUCUAUACGAAUAUUUAGUGGUACAAACCUAUGUGUGAUGUCAACGAACCUGCAUGGCCCCCGUGUGCUGUGUUAGUGGGGCAAGUCCCUUCGGAAACAUUACAAAGAGUUUUGUGCGAUUCUGGUUAGGCCAUGAAAAGAAUUUUCCCUUUGCAAUUCACUACUCGUUCUGUCUCUUGUUCCCACUAGCACCGUAAUAUGAAGUUAGCUUCCGUCGCUUUAAGCUGUUGAGACUUAAAUAGUUUUUUCUCUUCUCUACAUGUUUUCUGAAGGCUGACAGUAGAAAGUGCUGGGGAAUGCUGUUCUUUUAACCAUUUAAACAAUUAUUGAAAUAAUGAAAAAUCUUGAAACACUACACUACACUACACUACACUACACUACACUACACUACACUACACUACACUACACUACACUACACUACACUACACUACACUACACUACACUACACUACACUACACUACACUACACUACACUACACUACACACUACACUACACUACACUACACUACACUACACUACACUACACUACACUACACUACACUACACUACACUACACUACACUACACAGCACAGUCGUAUUUUUGACAGCAUGAGAAGCCCAACGAACGUCGUCAUUCGCUCUGACAAAAACCUAACUCUCGGAACGUCGGAAACUUUUUAUAGUGGUCAAUUUACAUUAUCAACUCAGCUGAUAAAACCAAAUCAUCCUUGAUAGCCUCCACUGACGCGUCACCACAGUUUCUUUCGAAACUUACCUCCUCCUACCCCCUCCCCUUAGUUAAAAAGUAAAGCAACCUAUUUCAGGGUUUGAAAACUCUGCCGUUGCAUACCAUUAAACAAGACCUCUUGUGACUUUAAAGGCAACUGAUAUGUUUCUGGGAGGUCGAAGUCGAAUCUUCGAUAAAACACAACUGAUGGAGAGACAUCGAAUUAUCGUCACGUUUAUAUGAGCUCCAUACCUAAUAGCGAACUUUCAUGUGGUUUUGUGCUCUUCAUGGGUUCUUAAUAGCCAACAGUAGCAAAAGCACAGUGCCUAGUAAGUCUUAUAGAGUUUUACCACGUGACUUUUCGAGGGCCUUACGUAUGCUUUACACCAAUAAAAAACAUACGUGACAGAACUUAGAGCACUUGGCCACUCUUCAAUAAAGCUCAGUAUCUUUUUUUGACCAAUUAUUGAGCGAUUAAACUGAGUAGCCCUUUUGAUACAAUCAUUGCACCAUGUGUCAAGUGAAUUAAGUUGAGCUUCGUUGCAAAACAGAUGGUUUUUUUUCCUAUCAGUCUUUGGACUUAAUGACUUUUCCUCGAUAUUCUAGGUAUUCAUUAUUUCGGCUUCAUAUAGCCCAAAACAGAUGGUUUUUUCUGGUGUCCUCGAGGUGAUCAGUCUUUGGACUAUAAAUUUACUUUUCAGCUCGAUAUUCUGAUGGUAUUCAUUAAAUUCUUUCAAAUGUUAACAGUGUCAAAAAAUCGAUUUCUGCCCUGACACUUGCCAAAAAAAACCUCACAGCUUGGGUACGAAAAGGAAUGCCUUCUGUAAUUUUUUUUUUAAGCUUAUAGCGUUGAUUGCUGGCGACAGUAUACUGUGCGACAAGUUGUCGUGACAGUUCGUGACUUUUUAUGAGUGAUCGGUCGACGAAUCGUGAUGAGCCCACACUUCGAUUAAUCCAUUAUAGUUUGACGCAAUUGCAUCGGGUCGAUUCCAGUAAGUUUUCCAGUCUCCACAAGGCCGAAAAUGAAAAGGAAUUCCUACUGAUUAACAGGAGGACUUUGUCUAAUUAGAAAUGAUUUAAAAAUGCAUGAAAACAUCGCUUGUAAACUGGCCUUUCAUUGCGUUAUUAUGCAAUAUUUCAGUGUACAACCUCAAUGGUUGGGAUACCUGUGGAUAACGUAUGAUACGUCACCUAUUCCAUUACCUCGACCAAAGAAUUAGAAGUUGAUAGUAGACUGUUCCAGAAAAAAACAAUUUUUGUCUCUAAGCACCACAGAUUUACCAUUGUGACGUGAUGCUCUAUUUUCUAGUAGUCGCCCUCCAAACUCACGAAAUUUUGUAUCGACAAGAAGUUGACCGCAAAAAGCUCUAAAAAUACGUCUUUCCAUGGCGAAAAAAGAAACUUCGCCGCGAAUAUUUGACAAGAAGCGAUUUUGAGCACUAUUUCAAGGGCAGACAAGGUCAUACCAUAAUUUGUCCUUCAUUUAUUUUACUCGAGAAAGAACCAGCGAUUUUAAUAUCACCUGAACAGAUUGUGUCUAGUUGCUUGUCUCUUGUGAUUUCCACGUGUCCAGCUGAAUCGUACGUGGAAAUGUUUCACAUUCUUAGAGUUCUUUCCCAAAUGUCAGGGCGAGUUGCAGUUGAGCCAAAUGCAACAAAGAUGAACACCGUAAUUUACCGUGAGAAAAAUGAUUUUACAGUUUGUGGAGAAUGACAAGAAGUGUAUCGAGAGGCAUUUUCUGUUUUUGUAUCAGUAGAUUUAGCCUCCAAGUCAGAUUAUUCUCUGUCUUCCUUAACAUUGAAGUACCCUUUGGAAAACCACAGCGACUGUGGCAAUCGGACAAGGCCGGAAACAAAGGCUUAGUGUGAGGAACAAUGGAUCAGUAUGUCUAUUUUACAUUUUGCUUCAUUUUUCUUGCCGUUAUCUUCGCUAAAACACUACAAAAUGACACAACUGUCGUUGUGUUCUAUUGAAAAUCAUUUAAUUGUCACUACUUUGCAUAUCCAGCUGAUAGCAAAUUCUACACCAUUAGGAAUCCAUCAUUGCACGUGGCACGCUUUCGACUUAGUUGAUCCUUGCAGCAUAAGGGACCUUUGUUGCAUGAAAACUUAGUAGUUAAAGUAGCUCACCACUGAGUUUUCUGUAGCUCUUGUACUUGGAAUUCAAUCCUCCUGGGGGACUCAGGUUUCUUCCCCCGCCCGUUAAAGAUGUUCAAAAUGUUUUUUUACUGGAUUAAAAUUUCAAGACUCUAAUGUGAGACAGCAUAAUGUAAUUUUCUGAUUAGGUAAUGCCCUUGAGGUCAAUUUCGUUUCUGCAUCUUAAAAGCCUUAUGUUACAUCGAGAAAGGAAAGACAAUUGGAUGAGCGAGACUUAGUCAACUCAUUACUGUUUGGUGAAUGCUAUGAAAAUGGAUAAUCUAUAAUGAUCUUAUAUCGUCUUGGUUCUUUGGUGAAUGCUAUAAAAAUGGAUAAUCUAUAAUGAUCUUGUAUCGUCUUGGUUCUUUGCCACACAUCACAAGAAUAGAAUCUAUGAUAUUUCCAUUACUUAGUGUAGUCGAGAUUAAAGCUUCCAUCAUUGUAGGUAAAAUUCUCGCUUGUAAGAUAUAGUUGUGACCCGUAGAUUAAUUGCUGUAUUCUGCAGCAAUUUAUUCUUACGAGAUAUCAAAUGAUUUUAUAUCUUCAGAUUUGAAAUUGGACUGUUCACUCCACAUAUCAAUUUAUAGUUUCAAGUAUUUUAACGUUUAUGUGGUCGUUUUCGCAAUAAAGACCACCCCCCCCCCACCACCAAAGUGAGUGACACAGAUGCAACAUUCGUAAAUGUUGUGCAAGAAUUUCAACAUUUUCCAAAUUUUUCCAAAUUGAUAUGACACAUUCAUCACGUUGCAAGUGUUUGCUAGAACGACCGUGGCUCGUGUUGUAACAAUGAGUACUCUUAAAACGGGAAACAGAAAAAAUAUUGCAAAAGGACCGCCCCGUUAGAUUCGAUGCUAAGAGGAAAGCGAACCAGAAUGACCCUUGAUACAAUUCGCAUUGUUACAUGCAUUGUCGCAGCCAAAAAGAUUUGAUAGCCAAACCCGCAGCAUAGAUAUCCUUUACAAGGCUGCUAAGAUAGGUAAUUUCCAGUGAUUUGCAGCAUUGCCAACUCCGGCAUUUUCUUCAAGAUCAUUCAGCUGUGUUUUACAUCACGUGCUUUCACUAUGAGCUCACAUCAUGUCGAUAAAACACACCUCCUGUUUUGCAAAUUAUCCAUUUUUCUCAAAGUAUAGUUUGAUUUAAACAGUUCAGUUGUCCAUAUGAAUGUUUAGUAAUACAAUUCUGUGUGGUUCCCACGUACUUUCUGUGCUCCUCGUGUGCUGUGUUUGUGACGCACGUCCCUUUGAGAACAAUACAAAGAAAUUUUUGCGGGCCUGGUUAGGUCAUAAGAAGAAUUUUCCCUUUGCAAUCCACAACUCGUACCGCUCCAUGUUUUUACUAACAAAUUAGUUUGGAGUUAGCUUCCGUUGUUUUAAGCUGUCUAGACUUCAAAAGUUCUUUUUCUAUUUCACAUUUCUCCUGAAGGCUUUAGUAAGUGCUGUAAAAUGCCCGAGUCUUUUUGUUUUUCUUGUAACUGUUUUAACAGUUAUUAAGAUGACGAAAAUUCUCCAAGCACUACACCACACACCACAGCCUUAUUUUUGAUAGCAUGCCCACUGAACGUCAUCAUUCGCUCUGACGAAGGGCAGACGCUCGAAACGUCAGCUGUCUGAACUCUUUAUCGUGGCCAAUUCACAUUAUAAACUCAUUUGAUAAAACGAAACACAACACCACAGUUUCUUCAGAGACUUAUCCCCUUUAUUCAGUUCAACGUGGGAAAACGUGAUUUAAAAGUAAAGCAUCCUAUUUUGGGCUUGAAAACUCCACUAUUAUAGAACAUGAGGGAAAACCGUGUGUGACUUGAAAUGGAACUGAUAUGUUCCUCGGCGAUCGAAAUUAAGUUGCCUUCGUUAAAACACAACUGAUGGGGAUACAUCGAGUUCUCGUCAUGUUUUUGUGAGCUUAGUACCUUAUAGCGAACUUUCAAGUGGUUUUGUGUUCUCUUUGCGUUCUCAAUGGCCCACAGUAGCAAAGAAAAAUCGCUAUUGUUUCUUUUAGAGUUUAACUAUUUGACUUAUGAGGAUUAACCUAUACUUAACACCGAUAAAUACGUGCAUUUGGGACAUUUUAAGGCAUUUUGUCUCUCCUCAGUUCAGCUUAGAAUCUUUUUUCGACGAAUUAGAAAGCAAUUACUCUGAAUACCCUUGUACAUACCAACCCUAAAGCUAAAGUUCAAUUCCUCAUUGGGGAAUCGGAUUUCCUUCCCCCACGCUCGUCGAAAAAUGUUUAAAACCUCUUCUUUGCUGGAUUAAUAGUAACUAAAUGCAAGAUUCUGGUGUAGGAUAACUUAAAUAUAUUUUUCAACAGGCACUGACAAUGAGGUCGCAUUCGUUAUUGCGUUUCAAAAGCCUUUUGUUAUAUCGAGAAAGUAUAUGCAAUUCAAUGAGAAAGACUUAGACAGCUUUCUACUGUUUGAUUAAUGAUGUCUGAAUAAAUAAUUCAUGCUAACCUUAGAUCGCCUGGUCCUUUUCUGUUAGUUACUGAGAUAUCAUACAUGUUAUUUCUACUACUGCGUUCGAGGGUUAUGCGUUCAUAAUUGCGGACGAAAUUUCCUUUUCUGCGAUAUGUGUAUGACUCGUGAAAUUGUUAUCGAUUCAGUAACAAUAUAUUAAUUAUGGAAUAUCAAAUCUUAGUAUUUGGUCACUUUAUAAGUUCCCUUUUAUAUAUACAAAGGAAACGAUGUGCAAUUGGUUUGUACAUUCCUACAAUUUCAAACAGUUUGAGCACUUUGGAACAAUUUAUUGAAAUAUGGAACUCACCCACCAAACCGAAGGAAGCCAUAGGAUAUAGCAUUCGUAAGUGCUGAGCAAGAAUUUGAUCAUUUUCCAAGUAUUUCCAAAUUGAUCCAAUGCAUUCAGUUGUGCAGAACGGUUUGCUAGAGCGAUCAUGUGUGCACUAUGAAUAAUCUUAAGAGAGGUAAAGAGAGAUAUAAAACAACUAUCGCAAAAGAACUACCUCAACAAAAUUUAAAGCAAAGAGGAAAGACAGCCAAACUGAUUUAUGUUGCUGCUUGCAUUUUUGCAUUUUGAAUGCAUCGAUUAUCGCAGCAACAAAGAAUUGGUAGUAGGUUAAAUCACCAUCAAUUCGUGUUCUAUAGAGAUCAUUUAAUAAGCGGCUCAGGUAUAGUGAGUCAUAGUGAUUCGAAGCAAUAUCGACUCGUUUUCCACAAGAUAUCCAGCUGUUUUUUAAAAUCACGUGCUUUCACCAUGAGCUUAUAUCACGUUGGUACAACACGUAUUUAGUCAAGUUUAAAAAGUGAUCAAACCUAGUCUCAUUUUGCGAAUUAUCCAUCUUUCUGGAAGGACAGUUUGAUUUAAACAGUUCAAUUGUCCAUACGAAUGUUUCGUAUUGUAAACCUAUUUGUGUUGCCCACGAACUUGCUAUGCCCCUUGUGUGCUGGUUUUCUAGGGGCAAUUCUCCUCGAGGACAUUACGAGGAGCUUUUUCUGGGUCUGGUGUAGAACCUUUGAGGGCUGUGCCGUGUGCAAUUUACUACUCGUUCCAUUCUUUAUUCCCACUACAGCAGAUGAGUAUGGCGUUAGUUUCCCAAGCUUUAUGCUCCAGAUUGUUAAGCAAAGUUUCUUUCCUGUUCUGUUGAUCAACACCUACACUUUUGUGGUCUAUAUGGCAUCAGAAGGUUUUUGAAAGGGUUUGAAAAUGCUUGAGUCUUUCAAUUACACUGUUGACUGUCGAUGUAAAAUCCUAAACCUCUAGAAGACAGAGGCGUGCUAUUGAUAACACGAGAAGCCCACUGAACGUAGACAAACUGAAUUAUAGAGGAAAGCAUCGUAAUUUAGGGUUUGAAAACGCUACCAUUGUAUACCGUGAGAAAAGACCUUGUGGAGCUUGAAAGGCAGCUAAUUUUAUUCUCGCAGAUCGAAAUCAAAUCACUUUUAAAGAAAACAACUGAUGCGGAGACAUCGACCUGUCAAUUCAUCUUAGCUCUGUACCCAAUAGCGAACUGUAAUGUUGUGUUAUGGCCCAUUCAGGUCAGUUUGACUGGCUCACAACAGCAUAGUAAAGUGAUCACUUUAUUUUAUGGAGACCGACUGUUUGACUCACAAGGGCCUUGCACCGACAAAAAAAAUAUUACAAUAAAUGAGACAAUUUGUGGUAUUUAGUCUCUCCUCAAUGAAACUUAGUAUCUUUUCUUGACAAAUUAGUCAAGUGAACAACCCUUUUGAUACUUAAUUUUACAAAACAUGCAGAUGUUUUUUUUUCUGUUAUUCUUUGGACUAGUAUAUGAAUUUUGCCACAAUAUGUGACGCAAAGGAGGUUUGGAUUCCUUGCAAGAAGGCGUUUUUCUCUGAUGUCAAUGAGCCAUUUUUUUUUUGGAUCACUGACUGACAAGCAAAAUAUCACACCAUCUCUUCGGCCAGAAAUGAACGAUUAUCCCGUGAUAACAGGAGGUACAAAGGCCAACAGAAAUUUGAAGAUUUCAAAAGUUUACUGUUUCUAAAAUUAAUUUCAGCACUUAUACUAGAUAAAAGACCUCGCACCAGGACGCAACGAGGAAUUUCUUCUGCAAUCGUUGUUGUUGGCUUUUAUCGUUGAAAGCUGAUGACAAUGACCAUGCAGCAUGGUACCGUGACAAAUUAAAAAUUUUCGGGACUGAUCAAUCGACGAAUCAUUAGAAGUUCACAGAUUGUCUUGCAACAUCAUAACAAUAGCUCAGCACGUGCGUUUCUAAACUUAGCCGUCCUCUGCAAAAAAAAACAACUUGAAAUUAUAAAUUUGCGCGGUUCAAGAGCGGAAACCCCGAAGGCAAAUUAGUUAAGUUUUCAUUUGGAACUCAACCCUACCUUCACACAUUAUAAUUAAGUUGAGUUGUAGCGGCAUGAGAGACAAUAAACAAACCGGCCAUUCGCGAAAUUCAAACUAAAAAUAUAAAUUCAUUUUUUUAAUCGACAUCUUCCUCUGCGUUGCCUUCCUGAGUGGUUUAGUCCCCUAUUGUUUCUUUGGAUAAACUAGACAAAAACAUCCGGUUCUAACAAUUAAGAAUUUAAGUGGAUUUUCUUAAUAGAAUCAGCGUUGUCGAUCUCUAGUAACCUUGGAACACAUGUUUUCGAUUAUGACCUCCCCAUCCGAGAUUAACAAAAGGGUCGCGAAAAUUUUAUUAAUUGAGAGUUUUUAAGAAUGUCCUUGAUAAUGAGGGGAUUUGUAAAUAAUACUUAGCUGGGGUAGAAAAAAAAAACAAACAAAAAAGAAUCAAGCCAAGAAUAAAACAAAACAGAACUUUCCCUCCAACGAAGGGCUCACGCUCGAAAUGUCACCAUAAAAACUGUUUACGGCGGCCAAGUUACAUUCUUAACUCAGUUGGAAAAAAAAAAAAAAAAAAAAAGGAUGCCCAAAAUAGGGAAACACCGAGUGCAAAUUACCUUCCUGUUUAAAUCCCCCCCCCCCCCCCGGCUUAAAUCUGAGCAGUUUCGAACAAAUUGGACAAUACUAAACGGUAGAGACAAAGAAGCCCGAGGGGAGGAUGGUGGAGGGCUUUGGUUUCCCCAACCCCUCACCCUUAAUCUCUUUGCUCGCGCUUUCUACAGUAUUUUGCUCUUCUCAUUAGAGUACGGAUGAAAAGUGUUCUAUAUAUCCCGAAGCAGCCCCAACAUAUCAAGAGAGCUAGCCUCAACAAACUCUACUCGCACACUAAACUUCUCUCGUUCCUAGUUCCCAGCAAGGAGUGACAAUUGCACUGAGUGAUGGGCCCAUGAAACUAACCUGCAUAGGAUCUUGGGAAGAGUUGUGGAGAAGCGUUGACUUCCACCAUUGCAAACUGCGGAAACCCUCCUCAUGCUGUUUAAAUAGGGAAAAUUUAAAUCCUUCCUAAAUUCCCAAGAAAGAGAACGUAAAUCUCUUUGAUGUAUUAAUGUGUGUUUCUCCUUUUAUUUAUUUGGCAGUUCGGUUAUGGAGCCUUCACUCCUACACAAACGUGGUUGCGUAUAAAGGACACAAUUUUCCCGUGUGGGACCUGGAUAUCAGCCCACAGUGUCUCUACUUUGCAACUGGCUCCCAGGACCGCACGGCCAGGCUGUGGAAUCUAGAGUACACAUUUCCUUUGAGAAUCUUUGCUGGACAUCUUCAGGAUGUGGAUGUAAGUUUGUGGAAAAGCACUUAAGCUGACUUUAUCAUUCCUUUUACAGAAAAUUCAAUGUAGAUGCAAACACACUUUAUUAUAGAAAUACAAAUGAAAUACCAGGUGAGUUUUCACCAAAAACGUGAUAUCUUCACUCGUGAAAAUAACACCGUUACCAUGGUUACAUAAUGACUCGCGUCUUUCGCAGCGAAAGUGAAAUGGUUUGGUUUUUCAUUGGUAUCUAUAUAAUAAAUGGAAUGUUACAUAGCCGCUUAACGAUACGAAAUUUCCUUUCUCGUGUUAAAAAAUAUUUCAAGGAGAGAUUUCGUGUCUCCGCGCGGCCAUAUAAUAUUCUCUAUUUACGAGAGGAGUAGUUCACAAUCAAGUAGUUAACCCUUUACACCCUAAAAUCAGUAUUCAUAUUGUCCAUACUGCUCUCUAUUCAUUUCCUAAGGUGCUGAUAAGGAGAAUUUGUUUACCAGUCAAAAGAUUCUUUCGUUGGUGAUCAUUUCUUUUAUUCUCGUGGCCUUCACGUAUGAUUUAGGGGUGAUAUUGUAGGGAGGAAUUUGAUGCUGGUCACUCUUUGGGUUUAAAGGGUUAAACGUGUACAAGUAUCCAACGCCAGGCACUGGGUCGGUAGAGGCGAGCAGAAGAGCGAACGCGCGAAAAUCGACGGGGUCUGGAAAGUAGAAACUUCACUCCCCUUCGUCCAUCUCGUUUUUCUCAGGUUCGCUUUUUUUUGCUUGUUCCAGAAACUUAUUGCCUGAAACAGGUUUAUAUAAUAUUGAAACUUCACUUCUCAACGUCUUGUUCUUGCAGUGUGUCAAAUUUCAUCAAAACUGUACGUAUCUCGCUACCGCCUCAUCGGACCGCACUUGUCGCUUAUGGGACCUACAGUCUGGAAACUGUGUCAGACUCUUCACAGGACACAAGGUAUGUGCGCCUAACAAACAUUAUUAGACAGCAUAUACCUAACUGUCAUCUCAGCGGCCAAUCAGAACAACGGAAAACCUCGAAAGUGACCAAUGAGGACUUACAACAACUACGCGCAUCAGAGCUCAAGCGCGGGAAGACGCGGGUGACCAAGCCAUGAUCGGUUUUAUAUCAGCAUGUGAUUGGUUUUGAGCUGGUACAAGUAUUCUGGACCAAUCACAAAGUGAAGUGAAUUAGACCAAUCAAAAUUGAAAAAUGCUACGUAGGGAAUGUCUGUAGAUCGGGAUUUAGGGAACCGUUGCAACGAUUUCAUUAAUUUCUAGGAAAUUGUAACAAAAAAAACAACAACAACAGCUACUCCACCUUUUUAAAAAGUGGUACUCUUAAAUCCUCUGGUUGGUGUGAAAGGGGUCUUAAGAGUCGUGGAAACCAAUUUCUUUGGAGCUCCACACGCAGUGAAAAAAUGACGCGGAAAAUGUCCGUUGCUACCUGUUUAACAAACGUUUGCGGACCUGCUAUUUUUAUUGCUUCCAAAUUUGAUUUUUUCCCCACGGAAAAGCGUAGCUCAGAUAUCUCUCUAUUUAUUUAUCCAUUUAUUAUUUUUUUCACUGCUUGCAGAGUUCAGUUUAUGCUUUGACGAUUUCUCCGGACGGCCAAUACUUAGUCUCCGCUGGGGAAGACCGGCGCAUUCGUCUGUGGGACUUAACCGCAGGCAGUAUGAUUAAAGAACUACGCGGGCACACCGAUACUGUGUACAGCCUCGCUUUCAGUGCAGACGGUACACUACUAUCGUCAGGAGGACUGGAUAACAGUGUUAAAGUGUGGGACUUUGGCCAGGCGGUGAAGACUUCAAGUAAUGGCAGUUCAAGUGUCUCUGUUUCACCAGAACUCAUGGCUUCCUUUCCGACUAAGAACUGUUCAGUUCACUGCGUACAAUUUAGCAAUUGUAACUUAAUUCUGGCGGCCGGUACGCAGUCUCCCUGACGGAGGGGCAGAAAAACAGGACAGGAAACAAGCUUGAACACGCACAGAUUAUUUGAAGUCAAACUAAUUUUAUUGACAUAAUUCAUAUUUUGGAUUUACUUUUCAAUCCUAGUUAAUUUUCUGUACAAAAUCGAUUUGGAUUAUAUACAUACAACAAUAUAGAAACUUACACAGACAAAAAUAAUUGAGAUUGAUUCUAGCUAACAGAGUUUGUUUAUGAAUUAAUUGCACAUCCAAGUUUUUUCUUACAAAUAGCUUUACAAACCAGAUAAUAUGCAUACAAAUCUUAAAAAAUUAAACAUAAUUCAGGCAAACAAUAAGAAAGCACAUCCACACAAUUGGGGUUUUCUGUUGGUUAUCUAACCUUUUUUCAGCCAAUGAAAUACCAGCAUGCAGCUGCUGUUAGUGAACUUGAGUUUUGAUUGGCCAAAAAGAAAAAAACCAACAAAAACAUGACUGACUACAGCACUUGAUAGCAGCACUGACACUGACAUAGAUGUACCAAAACAAAAAAACAUCACACAGAGGCAAGCAAGCUGGAACAGAUAUCUUUUUCCUGAGUAAACUGAAUUCAUUGCAUCAUCUAGCAUAAGUCUAUUUCUAACAAAACAAAAAACGUUUUUCAAUGGCUCACAACGAAAAUGAUUUAACAUGUGGCUUAUGUACGAACACAUUCGAAAGAUUCUUAUUUUUGUAAAGAAAACAAAUACUUGAAACAAUGGAAAAUACUUCAAGCUAUGUUUUACUUAAUUCAUUUUUACAUCAUAUGUUGGAUUGCAAAAUUAAAUAGUAUCUUUAAACUUGAAAAGUUCCUUUCUUGUCAUAUAGCAAGCCAUAUAAGCAGAAUGAAC